AUAUAUUAAGACCCAUUCGAUUCAAUACCGAUUUUCAGAUUAAUUUUCCCCAAAAAAAAAAAAAAAAAAUUCCAUCAAUUAUGUUAAUCAUCUCUACUCUUAACCUCCCAACAAUCCAGAACCUGCACGCUCCCCCUGCCAAAAAGAAACGAGGACGGCAAAUUCCUGGGGAGAGAAGCCUCUUCUUCUCUCUUCUUUGAUUCUCUUCUCCGAUUCUCCAUUUUAACAGAAAAUCCAUCCGAGAAAGAACAAAAGAAAUUAAAAGGCUUCUCUCCCCGGCAGUUUCCCCUUUAGCUCGUCAUUUUCCCGCCAACAUUGUUCCUUGCUCUUCAGAGACAUGAAAUAUCGCACAUGUCUUCCAUUCUCCAUCCUCCUGAUCGCGUUACUAUUAAAGCCGAGCCCUGCUCUGAGCGAGGAGGCACGUCCUCCGAAUCCCCCGCCGCAAGCGGAAUCACUAAUCAUAUCAUGCGGCGCCACGGAGCCGGAAACCGGCGAGGAUGGGCGGAGCUGGCAGCCGGACGACAGGUACCUAACCUCCACCAGUGGCGGCGAACCCAAGGCCGAAACGGCGGCGUUUCAGGACCCCGCUCUGGGCUCGGCCGUGCCCUUCAUGUCGGCCCGGAUUUUCGAGUCCCGAGGCGGUUACAAAUUCGCGGUCCCCACCAAUACACGUGUCAUGAUCCGGUUCUACUUCUACGCCUCCACGUACGGCACCUUCGACGCGGCAGAUUCCUAUUUUGCCCUCACGGUCAACGACUACCAGCUCCUCAACAACUUCAGCGCGGCCAUCGCGUCCGAAGCGCUGACCCAGGCCUACAUAAUGAAGGAAUUCUCGCUUUUGCCCUCGCCUUCCGGGGUUCUCAACGUCGUCUUCACGCCGUCGGCCGGCUACAAGGGCGCGUUCGCGUUUGUUAACGGCGUCGAGGUGAUUCCGAUGCCCGACAUUUUUGACGACAGCCCGCCGUUGGUCGGGAUCGGUGACCAGACGGUGGAUUUGACGGCGUACGGGCUGCAGUCGAUGUACCGGUUGAACGUCGGCGGGGAGGUGAUCCCGCCGGCGAACGACUCGGCCGGGCUGAGGAGGACGUGGUACAAUGAUUUCCCGUACCUUUUCGGAGGUGCGGACGGGCGGACCGUGUAUAAAAAGGACGUCAAGUACCCGACCGACGAAGUACCCGAACCCGUUGCGCCGCGGUCGGUCUAUACCACGUCUAGAUCCAUGAGCGAGGAUCCGAUGGUGAACCAGAAGUUCAACUUGACGUGGGUGUUCCAGGUCGAUGCCAACUUCACCUACAUGGUCCGCCUCCACUUCUGCGACGGCGAGAUGACACGUGCCAACCAGCGCGCCUUCCACAUCUACCUCAACAACCAGACCGCGCAGGAGACCGCCGACGUGAUCGCGUGGACCGGCGGCAAGGGGAUCCCCAUCUACAAGGACUACGCCCUCUACCAAAACGACAAGAGCGGCGGCAACCUCUGGCUCGCCCUCCACCCCAACACCGCCAGCCACCCGGAGUUCGUCGACGCCAUCCUCAACGGCGUAGAGGUCUUCAAGCUCAACAGCGUCAGCAAGCGGAGCUUCGCGGCCCCGAACCCGGAGCUCUCGGAGAUGAUGUCAAGGGUCGAGGACGCCAGGGCGGCGAGCAGUUUCGAGUCCGAAGGCGGCGGCCAGGUGGUCGGCGCGAUCGCCGGUGGGGCCACCGGGUUGGCCGUCGUGGUCGUCGUCUCGGCGGUCGUGCUCCACAAGAAGCGUCGGACGGCGGGAAAGUCCUCCCGCCGUUCCGGCAGCUCCAGCAAUUGGCUCCCGCUCUACGGGAAUUCCCACACGUCGAGCAGAUCGACGGGGUCGCGGAGGAGCACCAAUAGCAGCCACAUGUCGACCGUUGCGCAGGGUCUCUGUCGACACUUCUCGUUGCAGGAAAUCAAGCACGCGACAAGGAAUUUCGACGAAGCGAAAGUAAUCGGCGUCGGAGGGUUCGGGAAAGUGUACAAAGGCGUAAUCGACGGGACGAUGGAAGUGGCAAUCAAGAGAUCCAAUCCGCAAUCGGAACAAGGCGUCAACGAGUUCGAGACCGAAAUCGAGAUGCUAUCCAAGCUGAGGCACAAACACUUGGUCUCCCUGAUCGGAUUCUGCGACGAGGACGACGAGAUGGCGCUGGUGUACGAUUUCAUGGCGAACGGCACUCUGAGGGAGCAUCUGUACAAAGGGAACAAACAGCCGCUGCCAUGGAAACAGAGGCUCGAGAUCUGCAUCGGAUCCGCCAGGGGAUUGCACUACCUCCACACGGGGGCGAAGUACACGAUCAUCCACCGCGACGUGAAGACGACGAACAUCCUGUUGGACGGGAAGUGGGUCGCGAAGGUUUCGGACUUUGGGCUGUCGAAAACUGGGCCGGAUCUGAACGCUCAGGCCCACGUUAGCACGGUGGUGAAGGGGAGUUUUGGGUAUUUGGACCCGGAGUAUUUCAGGCGGCAGCAGCUGACGGAGAAAUCGGAUGUGUACUCGUUUGGGGUCGUUUUGUUUGAGGUUUUGUGCGCCAGGCCGGCUUUGAACCCUAGCUUGUCGAAGGAGCAGGUUAGCUUGGCGGAUUGGGCGCUUCAGUGUCAGAGGAAGGGGAAUUUGGAGGACAUAAUUGAUCCGUUGUUGAAAGGAGAUAUCAAUCCAGAGUGCUUGAAGAAAUUCGCGGAGACGGCGGAGAAAUGUUUGGCUGAUGCUGGGGUUCAUCGGCCUUCCAUGGGGGAUGUGUUGUGGAACCUUGAAUUUGCUCUGCAAUUGCAGGAGAAUCCCAAGGCCGCCGCGGCGGCGGCGAUUGGACAGAAAGGAGGAGAAAUCGGUGGCGGCAACGGUGGCGGUAGGAGGAGGGGGCUGUCGACGGUGGAUGAGGAGGUUAGUGUAUUGACGAGUGAUGACACGGACGAUAGUGAAAUUUUUUCGCAGAUAGUGAAUCCCAAAGGAAGGUAGGGGGAAAUUUUUCAGUGAGAAGAAUAAGAGAAGAGAAUGUACAAAGAAAAAAAAAGGGGAUGAUCAAUCUGUGUAGACAAUUUAGACAUAACCUAUGUAGAAGAUUUUUUACGUAAAUAUCUCAUUUUUUGUAUAUCGGUUUGUAACUUUGAUCCUAGUAUUUAAGGAUACAAUUGUCAUGGCGGGAAAAUUAUGGUGG